AUGGCAGAGUCGUGGGAUUUGGGUUCGAAAGUUCACAUAAUUGUAAGGGAUAAUGGACCAAAUAUCGUGAAGGCGAUCAAUGACAGCCCAUACACCGGAAAGCCAUGCUUUAUUCACACACUACAGCUGGCCAUCAAGCAUUCGCUGGAUGCUCAACCAAACAUCAACGAAAGCCUCACUGCAGCGAGAAGGAUCGUGACACAUUUCAAUCACUCUAGUACAGCGCAAGAAAAAAUGGUGCUUAUCCAGAAUGAGCUCAAUUUGCCAAAACACAAGCUCAUUCAGGAUGUGACAACCCGCUGGAACAGCACUUUUUAUAUGUGCGAGAGGCUAAUUGAGCAAAAGCGAGCUGUUUCACUGUAUAUAUCAGAUUACUCUGGCUCAAUUAACUUCAACAAUUUAACAGAAAGACAAUGGCAACUCGUUAAAGAAUUGUUGACAAUAUUGCAGCCUUUUGAAGAGAUAACAAGAAUUACAAGCUCGAACUUUUCGUGCAUUUCAGAAGUCAUACCGCACGUAAAUAUUCUGCUCAAAUAUUUGGCCAAACCUGCAAGUGAUGACUCAAACACUGUUACAAUGAGGAAAAGAUUACAAACGGAGUUAAAAGCCCGAUUUGAAGGUAUUCAAGAUGACAUUGUGUACACGCUCGCCACAAUUUUGGAUCCCAGGUACAAACUCAAUUUCUUCAGCAAUGACAAAAUAGAACCUGCAAGAAAAGCCUUCCUCAUAGAAGCCAUAAAAAAUAAUGAUGACGAAGAUAGCAGUAACGAUGACGAAGAGCUGCCACGUAAUAAAGAGAACAUACCUUCAAACGAGACUCACGCAGAUUUCUGGAGCUGCUUCGAGGAAGUUGCAUCAGCAAAACCAACUUUAUCCCAACCCAUCGAAACAACUAAAAGUCCUAUUGCUGCAGAAUUGGACAAAUAUCUCCAGGAGAAUUUACUUCAGCGGGACAGAAGUCCUUAUGAUUGGUGGGUAAAAAAUAAAGCAAAAUAUCCACUAAUGGCGCACCUCGCUAAAAAAUGGUUGGCAGCUCCUGGCUCUUCGGUUUACAGCGAAAGAUUAUUCUCUGAAGCGGGUAAUAUUUAUGAGAAGAAACGAAACCGCCUUCUACCUGAUCGAGCAGAAAGUUUAGUAUUUCUGCAUCAUAAUUUACCGCUAUUAAAUUUUAACUAUUGA